UUUAUUUGGAGUUGAUGAAAGUUGAAACCACGCCACUCAAAUUACAUCCAACUAUCCUAACCGCUCCUCCACCGCCACCGCCGCCGCCACCACCACCAUAACACCACCACACCACACAUUACGUUAUGCAUAAUCAACACACGCUCUUACUCAGAUUCCCCACAUUGCCCUCUCCCUCUGUCAUCGUCCUUCAUCUCACAGAGGCAAAGCUCAGCUUCAACACGAGAAGAAUACACACUGCGAGAACCUUCUUCAGAAGAAGCAACUGGGUUCUCCCCAAGGCAAUGUCUACUAGCUCUUCCUUCAGCUCUCGCUUUGGUGGCGGCGAUGAUGACACCACCACCACCACCACCAACAACAACAACAACAACAAUAACGGUGCUUCUUUCCGCAACUUCAAGCUGAACGAGUCAACAUUCUUGGCUUCGCUCAUGCCCAAGACAGAGAUUGGCGUUGACCGGUUUCUCCAUUCUCACCCACACUAUGAUGGACGCGGUGCUCUCAUCGCUAUCUUCGAUUCUGGUGUAGACCCGGCUGCUACGGGAUUACAGGUUACCUCAGAUGGGAAGCCGAAAAUUCUUGAUAUUCUUGAUUGCACUGGGAGCGGUGAUAUUGAUACCUCAAAGGUGGUGAACGCAGAUGCUGAUGGUUGUAUUUCUGGGGCAUCAGGGGCAUCUUUGGUUAUCAAUACUUCAUGGAAAAAUCCUUCUUGUGAAUGGCAUGUGGGUUAUAAAUUGGUUUAUGAGCUCUUCACUGAAAAAUUAACUUCUCGUAUGAAGAAAGAAAGAAGGAAAAAGUGGGACAAGAAAAACCAGGAGGAAAUUGCUAAGGCUGUAAAACAACUUAAUGAUUUUGAUCAGCAACACAUGAAGGUGGAGAAUGUUAAACUCAAAAAGGCUCGCGGAGAUCUACAGAGUAGGCUUGAUCUUCUUAAAAAGCAAUUUGAGAGCUAUGAUGAUAAGGGGCCUGCCAUAGAUGCUGUCGUCUGGUAUGAUGGAGAAGUUUGGAGGGUUGCUCUUGACACACAGAGUCUUCAGGAUGAUCCAGAUUGUGGGAAGCUUGCUAACUUUGUACCCUUAACUAACUAUAGGACAGAGAGGAAGUAUGGUGUCUUCAGCAAACUAGAUGCUUGUACAUUUGUUGUGAAUGUCUAUAAUGAUGGGAAUGUCUUAAGUAUUGUAACAGACAGCUCUCCUCACGGCACCCAUGUUGCUGGUAUAGCUACUGCAUUCCACCCAGAGGAACCUUUGUUAAAUGGAGUUGCACCUGGAGCACAAUUAAUUUCUUGUAAAAUUGGGGACUCUCGCUUAGGUUCAAUGGAAACUGGAACUGGUUUGACUCGGGCAUUGAUAGCUGCUGUUGAGCAUAAAUGCGACCUUAUCAACAUGAGUUAUGGUGAGCCAACACUACUGCCAGACUAUGGACGCUUUGUUGACCUUGUGAACGAAGCAGUAAACAAGCACCGUCUGAUAUUUGUGAGCAGUGCUGGUAAUAGUGGGCCAGCAUUGAGCACUGUUGGUGCACCUGGCGGUACAUCUUCAAGUAUCAUAGGUGUUGGCGCUUAUGUUUCUCCUGCUAUGGCAGCAGGUGCUCACUGUGUUGUUGAACCUCCUUCUGAAGGGCUUGAAUACACUUGGUCUAGCCGAGGACCAACAGCUGAUGGAGAUCUUGGUGUCUGUGUGAGUGCUCCUGGUGGUGCUAUUGCUUCUGUCCCUACUUGGACUCUUCAACGGCGCAUGCUCAUGAAUGGGACAUCAAUGGCAUCUCCGUCAGCUUGUGGUGGAAUUGCAUUGCUCAUAAGUGCAAUGAAGGCUGAAGGAAUUCCUGUGAGUCCAUAUAUUGUGAGGAAGGCCCUUGAGAAUACAUCUGUUCCCAUAGGCAAUUCACCUGAGGAUAAAUUAUCUACUGGGCAAGGGCUGAUGCAAGUUGACAAGUGUUAUGAAUAUAUACAGCAGUCUCAAAAUAUUCCAUAUGUUUGGUAUCAAAUAAACGUCAAGCAAUCUGGAAAAUCAAAUCCUUCAUCACGGGGCAUCUACUUGAGAGAGGCUGCUGCUUGCCAACAAGCUACUGAGUGGAUGGUGCAAGUUGAUCCAAUAUUUCACGAAGAUGCCGACAAGUUUGAAGAAUUAGUUGUGUUUGAGGAGUGCAUUGAGUUACACUCAUCAGAUAGGACAGUAAUUAAAGCCCCCGAGUAUCUACUGCUCACUCACAAUGGUCGUACCUUCAACAUAUUAGUGGAUCCUACCAAUUUAUGUGAUGGUCUGCAUUAUUAUGAGGUCUAUGGUAUUGACUGCAAAGCACCAUGGCGUGGCCCUCUUUUCAGAAUUCCAAUUACUAUAACCAAGCCUAUGGCUCUUACUAACAGAUCUCCACAAGUUUCAUUUUCAAAGAUGUUAUUCCAGCCAGGCCAUAUAGAAAGGAAAUACAUAGAAGUGCCACAUGGUGCAUCUUGGGUUGAAGCAACCAUAAACGCAUCCAGUUUUGAUACUGCUCGAAGAUUUUUUGUGGACGCAGUUCAGAUAUGUCCACUGCAAAGACCUUUUAAAUGGAGGAAUGUGAUAUCCUUUUCAUCCCCGGCUGCCAAAAGCUUCACCUUUAGGGUAAUAGGUGGUCAGACAUUGGAACUAGUCAUAGCUCAGCUUUGGUCAAGUGGAAUCGGGAGUCAUGAGACUACCAAUGUGGAUCUUGAGGUUGUGUUUCAUGGUGUACAAGUCAAUCAAGAGGAAAUUGUACUUGAUGGGAGUGAAGCCCCACUCAGAAUUGAUGCUGAAGCACUACUGGCAUCUGAGAAACUUGCUCCUGUAGCAAUUCUAAAUAAGAUAAGGAUCCCAUAUCGACCAAUAGAUGCUAAGAUUAGUUCACUUUCAACUGAUCGUGACAAACUCCCCUCUGGAAAGCAGAUACUUGCAUUGACAUUAACAUACAAGAUCAAAUUGGAAGAUGGAGCUGAAAUCAAACCUCAAAUACCAUUUCUAAAUGGUCGGAUAUAUGAUACUAAAUUUGAGUCUCAAUUUUAUAUGAUUUCUGAUUCAAAUAAGAAAGUACAUUCAAGUGGAGAUGCCUAUCCGAACCCUACAAAACUUCCCAAGGGCGAAUAUAAUUUACAGUUAUAUUUGAGGCAUGACAACUUGCAGAUUUUGGAAAAGUUGAAGCAGCUAGUGUUAUUCAUUGAGCGAAAUUUGGAAGAGAAGGACAUCAUUAGGUUGUGCUUUUUCUCUCAACCAGAUGGUCCACUGAUAGGAAAUGGUUCCUUUAAGUCUUCGACAUUAAUUCCAGGGAUAAAAGAAGGCUUUUAUCUUGGCCCACCACCAAAAGACAAGCUUCCCAAGAACUCUCCACAAGGAUCUGUAUUGGUGGGAUCUAUAUCAUAUGGGAAACUAUCAUUAGCCAGUCACGGGGAGCAUAAAAAUCCAGAAAAGCACCCUGUAUCAUAUCGGAUUUCUUAUAUAGUUCCGCCAAAUAAGAUUGAUGAGGACAAGGGAAAAACUUCCUCCUCAUCUCCCAAGAAGACAGUUUCUGAACGUUUAGAAGAAGAGGUACGAGAUGCAAAAAUAAAAGUGAUUGGAGGUCUAAAACCAGAAAGUGAUGAAGAGUUCUUGGAAUGGAAUAAAUUGUCUGCCUUACUCAAAACUGAAUAUCCAAAGUACACUCCGUUGCUUGUGAAGAUUUUAGAAGGUUUAGUUUCUAGGAGUAAUAUCAAGGACAAGUUCCAUCAUGAUGAAGAGGUAAUUGAUGCAGCAAAUGAGGUGAUCGACAGUAUAGAUAGAGAAGAGUUAGCAAGAUUUUUCGCACUAAAAAAUGAUCCUGAAGAUGAGGAUGCAGAGAAAAUCAAGAAAAAGAUGGAAUCAACCAGGGAUCAGUUAGCGGAUGCACUUUAUCAAAAGGGGCUUGCACUGGCAGAAAUUGAGUCUUUAAAGCAGGUAGAUGAUUCCCUGGAUUCGGCGGCAACAGAAGGUGCAAAACAAGAUGUAGAAAAAACUGACGAGAAAUCCAAGGAUGAUGGUGAUCCAGAUAUGUUUGAAGAGAACUUUAAUGAACUGAAGAAAUGGGUUGAUGUUAAGUGCACAAAAUAUGGAACCCUCUUGGUCACAAACGAGAGGCGUAGUAAAAGGCUUGGGACUGCAUUGAAGGUACUGACUGACAUAAUUCAAGAAGAUACCGGGCCAGCGAAGAAGAAAAUGUAUGAACUAAAACUCUCUUUGGUUGAGGAAAUUGGAUGGACUCAUUUGGCUACAUAUGAGAGACAGUGGAUGCUUGUGCGUUUCCCCCCUAACUUGCCCCUUUUCUAGAAUCCGAGACACUGAGAGGUACGCGAGGGUGAGGACGUGAAUUAGUCUAAAAGAUGACCCUGGUCUAAGGGGUCACCUGAAUGAUUUAUAUUAUUAUUUGUAACAGCUAUGAUCUUGAUCUUGAUGUUGAUGUUGGUGUUGGUGUUGGUGUUGAAGUUCAAUUCUCUAGGAAGGAAGCUACCCUUAUGAGAUGAAAAAAUAAGAAGGGUAUUGCUAUCUAGUUUCUAGGUUGGGUCAAAUAAAGUUUUUAAGAAUUUCAACAUUCUAUAUAUUGGAAACAUUGUAGUCUACACUUUUCAAUAAUUUCAUUUGAUUUUUUAA